GGCUUGAACCCGCCCCACCCCCUCCCUUCCUGUCCUCCAUCUCCGGAGGCCCUAAUUGAGGACGGGCGGGUACCUCGUAGGCCCAGGAGGAGCCCACACUCCGGAGCUCUCCCCUUCCUCACCGGGGCUCAAGAGGGACAGAGAGAACCUGGUGUGAGAAAGGAGUCAAGCUGUGCCAUGAAAAAGCGGGGUGCCCUUCAGUCAGCCCCACACAUCUCUGGCCUCAGUUUCCCCACUUAUAAAAUGGAGCCGCUGAGCUAACUGAUCUCCCGGAGUCCUGCUGGAGCUGAUCUUCCGGGGGAAGGUGGGCCCUGUGAGCGCAGGCGCAGGCCGGGGUCGGGGGCAGGGGUAGAACCCGCUUGAUGGUCACACCCAGACCAAGCUGGGGACCCACCUAGGAGGGCUCAGGCCCUCAGGAGUGAGGGGAAAGGAGUCCCUGGGACAGACCUGGGAGGGCCGGGACAGGAAGGGCAGCACAGGAGGCCAGGAGCCUACUUCCCGGUGCCUCAGGCAGGAGGCCAGGAGAGGCACGUGGGGGAGGGGGGGAGAGGAAGUCCCCUGCUGGGCAGGUCACUCCCAGAGGCCGGGCUGGGGCGGGGCAGGAGAUGGAGAGCCGAUCUGAGCUCCUGGGCCACCUUCGCUCCGGCCACUGCCCAGCUGCCUGGAGCCCAGAGAGCCCAGCCAGGCGAUCGAGACACCUGCCCUGGCCCCACCAUGCCCACGGCGUCCACCGCCUCUGCUGUGCCCUGGACCCUCUCUGCCUCUGUUCCACCCGGCAACGGCAGCAAGGGGCUGCUGGACACGCGGAACCUGCUGCUCGCCCAGGCGGAGCUUGCCCUGCUCUCCACAGUCUUUGUGGCUGUGGCCCUGAGCAACGGCUUGGUGCUGGGGGUCCUAGCACGCCGGGGCCGGCGGGGUCGCUGGGCACCCAUGCAUGUCUUCAUUGGCCACUUGUGCCUGGCCGACCUGGCUGUGGCUCUGUUCCAAGUACUGCCCCAGCUGGUAUGGGAUGCCACAGAUCGCUUCCGUGGGCCAGACGCCCUGUGCCGGGCCGUCAAGUACCUGCAGAUGGUGGGCAUGUACGCCUCGUCCUACAUGAUCCUGGCCAUGACGCUGGACCGCCACCGUGCCAUCUGCCGCCCUAUGUUGGCCUACCGCCACGGAGGUGGGACUCACUGGAACCGGCCGGUGCUGGUGGCCUGGGCCUUCUCGCUCAUUUUCAGCCUGCCCCAGCUUUUCAUCUUUGCCCAGCGUGACGUGGGUAAUGGCAGUGGGGUCCAUGACUGCUGGGCCCACUUUGUGGAGCCCUGGGGCCUCCGAGCCUAUGUCACCUGGAUCGCUCUGAUGGUGUUCGUGGCCCCGGCCCUGGGCAUCGCUGCCUGCCAGGUGCUCAUCUUCCGGGAGAUCCAUGCGAGCCUGCUGCUGGGGCCAGCAGAGAGGGCCGGGGCUUGCCGGGGAGGGCACCGGACAGGCAGUCCCAGCGAGGGGGCCCGGGUGUCAGCGGCCAUGGCCAAGACCGUGCGGAUGACGCUGGUGAUUGUGAUCGUGUACGUGCUAUGCUGGGCGCCUUUCUUCCUCGUGCAGCUGUGGGCGGCGUGGGACCCGCAGGCGCCGGUGGAAGAGGCCCCCUUCGUGCUGCUGAUGUUGCUGGCCAGCCUGAACAGCUGCACCAACCCCUGGAUCUACGCCUUCUUCAGCAGCAGCGUCUCCUCGGAGCUGCGGAGCCUGCUCUGCGGGGCCCGAAGUCGGGCCCCACCCAGCUCGGGCCCCCAGGAGGAGUCCUGCGCCACUGCCAGCUCCUUCCUGGCCAAGGACACUUCCUCCUGAGAAGUCAGGGGGCGCCUUCCUUCUAGAAGCUCUGUGAAACCCCACUGCCCACCUGGGGCUGGCCCUGGGAAUGCCGGGCUUGGGGCGGGCUCAGGCCUCGGGCUGCAGCAGCAGGGGUUCCACCCCAGCAGGGGACCCCCCCACACCCAGGAAGGAAAAGGGGCGGGGCCGGAGGACCUUCUUCUCCCCCCAGCGCUCCCCUCGCCCCAGCCUCUCUAGUCCCCUCAGCCCCCCGCUCUCACUCGCUCCCCAAUAAACGUUCCAGCUCUUUGCCCACCGGUGACUCUCCUUGGCUCGGAGUACCUUUGGCUGUGGGGCAGCGCGGAAAGACGUUCUCGGGCUCCCCCGCCAGACACCAGAGCUGGUGUGCGGGUCACCCUGCGAUGCCAUGCCCUGGCCUGGGCAAGUCUGUGCUGAGAGGCCCCCGUGGAAGCUGCUGCAGCUGCCGGAGCUGCCGCCUUUGCUGAGCGCCCGC